GUUAUUUAAGCUUACUCGACAUUCUGCUGGUCUCAAGAUCUUGAUCCAAACGUUCAAGGCAAGUGCAGGAGAACUGAUCCUCCUUGUUUUCUUCCUCGUUCUCGGAAUCGUAAUCUUCGCAUCCCUUAUCUACUACGCCGAGAGGAUUCAGGCCAAUCCCAACAAUGAUUUCACCAGCAUUCCUCUAGGCCUCUGGUGGGCUCUGGUCACUAUGACCACCGUAGGUUACGGGGAUAUGGCACCCAAAACGUAUGCCGGUAUGUUCGUGGGUGCUUUGUGUGCGCUUGCUGGUGUGCUGACCAUCGCGCUGCCCGUGCCUGUCAUUGUCUCAAACUUCGCCAUGUUCUACUCACACACGCAGGCCAGAGCCAAGUUGCCUAAGAAGCGGAGGAGGGUGUUGCCCGUGGAGCAACCGCGAGGUCUCAGGGGAAGAGCACCUCCCGGUGCGGGGGGAGAAAGAAGGGUGAACGCCCUCAAGCAGAACCAUCCUAAGGAUGUGCCCACACCCAAACUUGGUAAGUACCAUCUGUCCUCCAACUUUUUUCCCCUCGCAAAAGACGUUUCUGUGACCAAUGAUAAAUUACCUAUCUCGAAAUAA